AUGACUGAGACAUUGGGAAACGUUGAAAUGCAAGACAAAAUAACGAAAGGUCAAAAAAUUAUGGACGACUUAACAAUUGAUAAACGAGUAACAGAGGAGGAGUUUCAGAAUUUCAUGCAUCGCGUUACAGAAGUCGAGAAAAUCGUGAAGAAAUUGGCGUCGGACGAUCCCGAAGAACAAAAGCACGGUCAAAUUUUGGCGGAUGAGAUGUUGGAGACAAAAUCAGAAACGUUCGUUUCCGAAGACUGUGAACUAAAAGUAAAAUCUAGUCGAACGGUGAUUAACAAAUCUACUACAAAUGAAACUAACAACAGAGAGCAAAUGUCACAAGAAGCAUUUAUGAGAAGCAUAGAAAAAGAUGCGAAAGAGAGAGCGGAAGAUCGAAGAAUUAGAAACGAACGAGCGGAAACGUUGAAAAGAAUUGGAAACGGGGCAUUUAAAGAGGGAAGUUAUGAAAAGGCUGUAACUUAUUACACUAAAGCGUUGGAGCAACGAAAGGACUCGUCCGUGUUGUGGAAUAACAGGGCUUUGUCUUAUAUACAGCUUGGAUUAUUCGAAAAAGCUUUAGCCGAUUGUGAAUGGGCUCUAAAAGUUCACAACGCAAAUAUGAAAGCCCUCUUAAAUAGCGCUAGAUGUUACAAGCAUCUUGGGGACAAGAUCAAAUACAAAGAAUACAUUCAAUUAGCCAGAGAAAGAAAUCCACGCUUCGAUAAAUUUAUUGAUGAAUUCGAAGAAAAUAUGGACACAAGCAUCGAUUACCAGGUCUGA